UCGGUUUUCCGAUUUCCUUAUCAGGGCUGACGCCGUACGGGAGAAAUGGCGUCCCUCGCAUUCACUUCCUCCUGCUCCCUCGGAUUCUCCCGAGUUAAGUCUCGGGUUUCCAAGCCCACGCCGGUGCGGUCCCAGCUCAGGUCGGCACCGGAAUCAGCCGUCUCGCUUCCGUUUCCCCUGAAAACCACAUUCUCCGGCUGCAACUGGUUUAGUCCACUGACGUCUAUCCGCAGCGUUGGAUUCCAGAAGCACCAGAGGUUAACAGUAAAGGCUGCAUCAACACCGGCGUCAGUGACCCCUGCGUCACAACAGCCAUGGCAAGGUGCGGCUAUGAAGCCUUUAAUCGCAUCGAUAGCUACUGGAGUAAUCCUGUGGUUCGUCCCUGUUCCAUCCGGUGUCUCCCGCAAUGCUUGGCAACUGCUUGCUAUUUUCCUUGCCACUAUUGUCGGCAUCAUUACCCAGCCGUUGCCUCUGGGUGCCGUGGCCUUGAUGGGACUCGGCGCCUCUGUUCUCACUAAAACCCUCACGUUCUCUGCCGCUUUCUCUGCUUUCGGCGAUCCCAUCCCAUGGCUCAUUGCGCUUGCCUUCUUCUUUGCUCGUGGAUUCAUCAAGACCGGGCUCGGUAAUCGCAUUGCUUACCAAUUUGUUUCCGGGUUUGGUUCUUCUUCUUUAGGAUUGGGAUAUAGUCUGGUUUUCAGCGAGGCACUGUUGGCGCCUGCAAUUCCUUCCGUGUCCGCCAGAGCUGGAGGGAUCUUUUUGCCUUUAGUCAAAUCACUCUGCGCCGCCUGCGGCAGCAACGUAGGGGAUGGAACAGAGAACAAACUGGGAUCCUGGCUGAUGCUGACGUGUUUCCAGACGUCCGUCAUUUCGUCCGCCAUGUUCUUGACGGCGAUGGCGGCGAAUCCCUUGAGUGCCAACUUGACGUUGAAUACCAUAAAGCAGACAAUUGGAUGGACGGAUUGGGCUACGGCCGCUAUCGUGCCAGGUUUAGUGUCACUGGCUGUGGUCCCGUUGCUGCUAUAUUUGAUUUAUCCUCCCACGGUGAAGACUAGCCCGGACGCACCCAAGCUUGCAAGGGAAAAACUGGAGAAGAUGGGGCCAAUGAGCAAGAAUGAGAUUAUCAUGGCCGCAACUCUGCUUCUCACGGUGGGACUCUGGGUUUUUGGUGGAAUGCUGAAUAUAGAUGCUGUUACUGCUGCUAUUCUUGGGUUAGCCAUCCUCCUCAUAACUGGUGUUGUUACAUGGAAGGAGUGUUUAUCUGAAGCAGUUGCUUGGGAUACUCUAAUGUGGUUUGCCGCACUCAUUGCUAUGGCUGGUUAUCUCAACAAAUACGGUCUUAUCUCAUGGUUCAGUGAAACUGUUGUUAAGUUUGUUGGAGGAUUAGGUCUUUCAUGGCAGCUGUCAUUUGGCAUUCUGGUUCUUCUCUACUUCUACUCCCACUACUUCUUUGCUAGUGGAGCCGCUCACAUCGGUGCAAUGUUUACUGCCUUCUUGUCCGUGGCUAGUGCUCUGGGCACUCCACCAUUUUUUGGAGCCAUGGUGCUCGCUUUCCUAUCAAACCUAAUGGGUGGCCUUACGCAUUAUGGCAUCGGAUCUGCUCCUGUUUUCUAUGGUGCCAACUAUGUUCCCCUAGCACAAUGGUGGGGUUAUGGAUUCGUGAUAUCAAUUGUAAAUAUAAUCAUCUGGCUUGGAGUUGGAGGCAUUUGGUGGAAGUUUAUAGGCUUGUGGUGAAGAGGCAUGUACGUACCAUGGAAACAAAGCCCAUUUCUAUGCUGAUUUUUGUACACCACUCUCUGAAGCAUGUUAAUUUUUCCCUCUUUUUUUUCUUUUUUCUUAAAAAUAAUUUUUUUAGCAGCUUUGGUGGCAGAGUAUGAUGGAAACAUAAAUACAUUUCGAGGACCACUUAGAACAGAAAUUAGAAUUUUUACCAGAAAUUUUGACUGGCAUUUCAUUUGCCUGCAAAAAUUCUUUAGUAAGAUGCUUUCUGUCUUCUAAAAUACUAACUUCCAAGAAAUGAUUGUCCCUGAG